AUGGCCAAGCAUCACCCUGAUCUGAUUAUGUGCCGGAAGCAACCCGGGAUCGCCAUUGGGCGGCUGUGCGAGAAGUGUGAUGGCAAGUGCGUCAUCUGUGAUUCCUACGUUCGUCCUUGCACACUUGUGAGGGUUUGUGAUGAAUGCAACUACGGAUCUUUUCAAGGCCGGUGCGUUAUCUGUGGAGGAGUUGGAAUUUCAGAUGCCUACUAUUGCAAAGAGUGUACACAACAAGAGAAGGAUAGGGAUGGAUGUCCAAAGAUAGUAAAUUUAGGCAGUGCCAAAACUGACCUCUUUUAUGAAAGAAAGAAGUAUGGAUUUAAGAAAAGAUGA